GUGACCCGGGCCGUGCCCGCGGCCGCCGCUGCGCUCCGGGCCGGCCCCUGCCUGGCAUGGCGGGGCCGCGUGGGGACCGGCUGGCGCGGCGCUCUGCCCGGGCCGGCGGCGGCGGCGGCGGGUGCUGCUGGGCGCUGCCUACGGCGCUGCUGUGCGCCUACGGCUUCUUCUGCAGCGUGCGGCCCUCGGAGCCCUUCCUCACCCGGUACCUGCUGGGGCCGCCCAAAAACCUCACCGAGAGCCAGGUGUUCAAUGAGAUUUACCCGGUGUGGACGUACUCCUACCUGGCGCUGCUGUUCCCGGUGUUCCUGGCCACCGACUACCUGCGGUACAAGCCCGUGGUCCUGCUGCAGGGCCUGAGCCUCAUCGUCACCUGGUUCAUGCUGCUGUACGCCGAGGGGCUGCGGCCCAUCCAGUUCCUCGAGUUUUUCUACGGGAUGGGGACUGCCGCCGACAUUGCCUAUUACUCCUACAUCUACAGCGUCGUCGAUGUCAAUCUGUACCAGAAGGUCACCAGCUACUGCCGGAGUGCCACCCUGGUGGGCUAUACGGUGGGCUCAGUGUCCGGGCAGAUCCUUGUGUCAGUGGCAGGAUGGUCCCUCUUCAGCUUGAAUGUUAUUUCCUUAACCAGCAUAUCCAUUGCCUUUGGUACAGCGUGGUUUCUGCCGAUGCCACAGAAAAGUCUUUUCUUCCACCAUGUCCCAAGUCAGCAGCUCGGUUGGGAAAUGAAGGUCAUGGACUGUAAAAAUGGAUCGGCUGUCCAAGAUCAACCUGAUGUGCAGAGGGCACCUGGCUGGGAGGAUGAGACCGAAGUUCCCUUGAACAGGGAGGGUCAUUCAGCAGAGAAACAGUCUCUGCAGGAGCAGAAAGUAGACAUCAUAAAGGUGCUGAAAGAUCUCUGGCAGGACUUCCUCCAGUGCUACUCCUCCCAGACCAUGUUCUGCUGGUCAGUGUGGUGGGCACUGUCCACCUGCGGCUACUUCCAGGUCAUCAACUAUGCUCAGGGCCUGUGGGAGAUGGUGCUGCCUUCUCAUAGCACAGAGAUCUACAAUGGUGCUGUGGAGGCAGCCUCGACACUGCUAGGAGCUGUUGCAGUGUUUGUUGUGGGUCACAUAAAAACAUCCUGGGCAAUGUGGGGUGAAGUGGCACUUGCCCUGUUCUCCUUUCUUAUUGCUGCUGCUGUAUAUAUUAUGGACACUGUUCGGAAUAUCUGGGUGUGCUAUGCAUCCUAUGUUGUCUUCAGAAUUAUCUACAUGCUGCUAAUCACGAUAGCAACGUUUCAGAUUGCUACAAAUCUCAGCGUGGAGCGGUAUGCCCUGGUGUUUGGGGUCAAUACUUUCAUUGCCUUAGCACUUCAGACUCUGCUCACUUUGAUUGUUGUGGAUGCCAGUGGGCUUGGGCUGGACAUCUUCACCCAGUUCAUGAUUUAUGCCUCUUACUUUGUGGUCAUCUCACUGGUGUUCUUGGGCAGUGGCAUAUACAGUAUUACAAGAGCUUAUAGAAGACAAGAGCCGAUGCAAAACAGAUCUCCUGAAAGCCAGUAGUGCACCAAGUGAGGACUCUUGGUGGCUACAUAUGAAGAUAUAGGUCUGUUUUUUAAUCUCUGCCUUUUUUUCCCAAGGCAGUCACCUUAAUGGUAUUUGGUCUGUAUUUAUACAUUUUAGAAGGUAAAUGUAUUAGCUCUUACUUAAGUAAGAAUGAAUACCUUCUUUCUAAAACGCCUUUUGUUCUUCUGUUGCAUAUAUGGGAUAUGCAGCAAAGAACAGUAAAUUUUCUCAAAGAAUGAAAGCCCUGGGAUGGUUUAGUCUAAGGCUGUGCAUCUGGAGGCUGCCAUUGAAAAGGCAGCUUCGUGAUUGUCUGGUCAACUGCUGCUGUCUCUGUCACUGAGGUGCUGCUGCGGGGCAGAAGUGAGGGCACACUAACAGACCUCUCUGGCGAGCUCCGGGCCUGGGACAGGAGGUGGCCUUAGGCUUGUGCUCUGCAGUGUGGCUCUCGCUGUGGCUGCCCCGUGAUGCUGGAUGCUCCAUUUUGGGGACUAGUACGCUUAGGUUUCUGCAUAUGCAUGUGCUUCCUUGAGCUGCUUGUACUGUUACUGUCAUUCCUGUCUGUCACCCCUGCUGCCAGAAUUUUACCAUAGCUGAUCAUGGUGCUUCCCAAAAAACCUAACUGUGUCCUGGGGCAACUUGUGAUGCUGGUGAAUUGGCUAUUGGCAGCACUACUUGUGCUGUGAAGGCCUGUGCCCAAGGGACUGUAAAGCUGGAGGGGAAUGUUGCGACGGAGGGAAGACACAGUCACUCAAUAUGAGUGAUCAGCAGACUUCGUUUAUUGUCCCUUACAGUCACCUUUUAUGCCUUCUUAUAAUUAGCUCAUACAUAUUACAAAAGUUAAGCUCAUUAUUGGUUAGUUGCCUAAAUACCAAGCCCGCCCCUAGUUUCUCUUCUGUAGUUAUCUGUUCCCACCUGCAACAUUCUUUUCCCACCAAAAUCUUCCUGUUAUUGUGUAACAAGGACAGCCAAAGACAGUGUAUUUUGCUUUACUUCAGAUAAGCUGAGAGCGAUGUGCGUUUUUGUUCAGCCAGCUGGACUAUGUUUAUGUAAACUUUUUCAGCUAGCCAGUUAUCCACAGGGGAAGCUUUAGAGGGAGUUUAAGUAGACAAAAUACUAAUCCAAGGGACCCUUGGACACAUCUGCCUUUGUCCUUUAGGACUGCAAAUUCCUGCAAUUAUCGGAGUCCUGCCUCACAAUCCUGGGGGCUGGGCUAUUUCAGUAGGGUGGUGGAUGUUAGUAUAGCACUGAGAAGGAAGGUGACUUGCAGGAUUUUAAGCUGCUAUUUGUGACCUUGGAGAAUCACGACUCUGGUGACACCUUCAGGUAUGGUAGUUACCAGGAUGACUGCCUGAGGCUUUGAAAAAUGCUGAUUUCUGGUGUCAGUUUUUCCCCCUUAUUUUAAAAUGCCUUUAUGCCUCUGGUGGGUCUCUGUCCACUAGUUCUACCUCUUCUUUCCACCUAAACAGGGCAAUGAAUGUUUGGAGUGGACAGUUCUUUUAUUUUGUCCAGUCUAAGCAAUUUGGGACUUGCCUUAUGGCUGGUUUUUAAAUUUAUUUAUUAUUUUCCAAAUUGCUUCAGUACUGGGAAGGAGUUGCCCAGAGUUGUCCUGGGCUUGGGCACCUGGAUAUUCAGGCACCAUGACCAGCACAGCAACAGAUACCUGUAGUAUACUGUGGAAAUAGCCUGGGGACUGUCCCCAUUGCUGUGCAGGUUGUGGUGAGUCUAAGUGCAGGAGAACUGGCAAGGAAGAAGAUGCAAUGCCGUGUGCUUCCCUCCAUGCCUUCUCUCUGCUGGUUAGAGCUGCUUCCCGUCAGACCCCGAAGCAGCAGCUUCGGUUCGUUGCUUGCUUUUAGUGCCAUGGAGACUUCACAGCAUCAGGGCUGGGAAGGUGUUUCUCUCCUGGCUGGGACAGGUGCAGCCUUUCUUAUCGCUUCUGUGAGUCUCAACCUUUACCAUGCUGCCAGGUGAAGGAUCAGUGUGUUUGGGAUGUGCUGCCUGCUCAGGGGACCACCCCCCAGAGCUCCUCUGUGCUUGCAGCCUGCCUCUUAAAACAACCCCCUAAAGAAGGGCUCAGCUGUACUGGCACUUACACAUGUAAACCUAACUGCCUUAUCCUGAAAUGGAAACUUGAAGCCACCCAUGUAUAUAUUCCUUUCUUUACUGUUUUUUGUUUGAUUGUUUGUUUUUAAACAAAAACUGAAGCUAUGAAAUGCCAGCUGAUGAGCUGUGCCGGGAGAAGGAUAGAAAGGGCAUGUCCUGUCCUUUGGUCUGAUGGCAGUUGCAGCAAGGCACAAGGAGUGGGUUUACAGCACUAGUGUCAAGUAACCAAAAGCAGCAGCUCAAUUUUAAUCACGUUUUUCAUACAGAGAACAAAGCUUUGAUGGGGAAUAACCCAGUUAUUUAAAAGCAAGUAAAAAAAAAACCACAAAUGAGUUAUAGCAAUAACAAUGAUUUUUCUACCAAAGCAAUGAAACUGUGCCAACUGCAAUAGAGGCGUGCUACACCACAUCUGUCUUCAGGCCCAUUAAUUGUAUGGAAGCCACACCUGGAUGUUUUUCAGGUUCCUAUGCUGUGCUGUUGUGAUGAGGUUGACUGUAGAGCCUGACUGGAGCUGUACAUAUGGUUACUGAUGCCUAUGAAAUUCUGUGAACAUGUUGACAUUGUUGGUUUCUAUGAAUAGCUAUUUUUGUUAAAUAAAAACACUCUGAGGCAUCCUGUGUGGCCAA